AUGAUUGGUCUUCUCUCCUUCCUUUUGUUGCUCCUUCACACAGCAGACGGAGAAUCAAAGGCCGGAACUUGUAAAGACAUGUUACAGGGCUACCUUACAGAACAACUGUCGUCUGCUCUAGAGAUAGAAUCUCUAAAGCAAGAAUUCAAAAGGUUCACUGAUGUCAUUGAUAAAUCUGUGAACACAUUAAAGGGACAGGUGGAGGCUAGUCUCAGAAAGGAAGGGAUUACUGCAGGGACAUAUCUUUCACAAGACUCUUUGAAUGUCGACACUCUGUGUUUACCGAAGGACCCAGAGUGGGGAAACAACACUUAUUAUAGCGAUGUUGGAACCCGCCUUUUCGGCGCUUUGUACCACACGAGAACCAUCAAUUAUCACCGUAAUUCUUUAUUUGGUCAUGGCGUUCCCUGUGCUGUAUGCUUGGUUCAUAAUAGAUCUCUUACAAAAGCAUUUCCAGCAAGAAAAACGUGUUAUAAAGGCUGGCGACUGGAGUACCAAGGAUACCUUAUGGCUGGAGCAUCAUAUGUAUGUGUGGACAAACACGCAGACAAACUACCCGGUGGCAAGACUUAUAGAUUUGAACACUAUUUUAAUCCUGUUGGAGCUAAAUGUGGUGUGAUGAAAUGUCCACCUUAUGUUGGUGGAAGAGAAGUAAUGUGUGCUGUCUGUUCCAAAUGA